UCAGGAACACUCUACAGCCAGUGCCAGAUUGCAUUAGAGUGCUUCGCCUGGUGCAUCGGCUGGGUAAUAAGCCAGUGAGUCAAGGUCUAGUGACAGGAAAAUUUUCAUCCAGUGUCGUGCCCAGUUUCUGGGAUCUCAUUGUGGAAAGCACAUUGGGGAUGUCAAUGACUACAUCUGAUUCCAAGUCUGUCCUGUCAUCCAAGCCAGGCCGUGAGACGCUGGAGAUAAGCUGUUGGUAGAGAAGGCUGAACUUGCACAAUUGCUCUUUCCGUCAGGGAGCUGUAUGUUCCUGAGAAGUUGCAAUGACCUAGUGGAGGACAGGCGAGAAUGUCUCAGAAGAGAGCAUGUCCGCGUUUGCUGGACUAUCUUGUUAUCAUCGGUGCCAGGCAGCCGAGCAGCGAGAGCAUUGCUCAGACCCCUGAGCUGCUGCGCCGUUACCCACUAGAGGACCAACGGGACUUCCCCCUCCCGCCAGAUGUGGUGUUCUUCUGCCAGCCCGAAGGAUGUCUCAGUGUGAGGCAGAGGCGCACCAGUCUGCGCGACGAUUCCUCCUUCGUCUUCACUCUGACUGAUAAAGACAGUGGUGUGAUUCGCUAUGGGGUCUGUGUUAACUUCUACCGCUCCUUCCAGAAGCGCAGCCGUGACAGGCCAGACCGCAGCUUGCCGCAUGCCAAGGGUAGUGCUACAGAGACGCCAGACACCGAGCAGAACAACUCUGACAGUGGCUCUUCCCUGGCCACUCACAGUGCUGAUUCCACCCCUGACAUCAGUCGCUCGCCCCGGCUGAAACGGCACCUCAAGAGUGGUAACCGAUCCCGGAACAGUACCCUAACCUCGCUGUGUAUACUGAGCCAUUACCCAUUCUUCUCUACCUUCCGUGAGUGUCUGUACACCCUCAAACGAUUAGUAGAUAGUUGCAGCGAGCGGCUGCUUAUUAAGAAAGCAGGAAGCCUGAAGGGCGUUCAAAGAGACACUAUGUGGAGGUUGUUCACAGGCUCCCUGACGGUCGAGGAGAAGUCCAGUGUCAUCCUGCACGAUGUGAGAGAGAUAGAGUCUUGGAUCUACAGGCUGCUACACUCCCCUGUGCCUGUGCCUGGCCAGAAGCGAGUGGAUGUGGAGAUAUUGCCCCGAGAUCUUCAGCCAGCACUUACCUUUGCUCUGCCAGACGUGGCCCGCUUCAGCUUGGUGGAUUUUCCACUCCAUCUGCCCUUGGAGCUGCUCGGAGUGGAGCCCUGUCUCCAGGUACUCAGCUGUAUCCUCCUGGAACAUAAGGUGGUGCUGCAAUCGCGUGACUACAAUGCGCUCUCCAUGAGUGUUAUGGCAUUUGUUGCAAUGAUUUAUCCGUUGGAAUACAUGUUCCCAGUGAUUCCUUUGCUACCCACCUGCAUGGCCUCGGCAGAACAGCUGUUGCUUGCUCCAACCCCUUACAUUAUUGGUGUUCCAGCUAGCUUCCUCCUCUAUAAGACAGAUUUUAAGAUGCCCGAUGAUGUCUGGCUUGUUGACCUGGAUGCCAACAAGGUGAUUGCACCUACGAACGCAGAGGUCUUGCCCGCAAUGCCUGAACCAGAAGCUACCGAGCUGAAGAAGCACUUGAAGCAGGCGCUGGCGAGUAUGAGCUUGAACACUCAGCCCAUCCUCAACCUGGAGAAGUUCAAUGAGGCUCAGGAUCUGCCUGUAGGUGGACGAGGCCGGGAUGACCAGACCUCCACCCCCUCCACCGAGUUCAACCCGCUCAUCUAUGGUAACGAUGUCGACUCUGUGGAUAUAGCCACCCGGGUAGCCAUGGUGAGGUUCUUCAACUCAUCCAAUGUGCUGCAUGGAUUUUUGUCUCACACCCGCACUCUCAGACUCUUCCCUCGGCCUGUUGUUGCUUUCCAAGUCAAUUCCUUCCUGGCCUCCAGACCCAAACUCUCGCUGUUCACGGAGAAACUUGCUCGGACACAGGCUGUGGAGUAUGCUGGGGAGUGGUCCCUGAAUCCUACCAACUACACGUUCCAGAGGAUCCAUAACAGCGUGUUCGAUCCAGCUCUAAUUGGAGACAAGCCCAAGUGGUAUGCCCAUCAGCUUCAGCCCAUUUACUACCAUGUCUAUGAUAGUAACUCGCAGCUUGCCGAGGCCCUUAACAUUCCCAUCGAAAAGGACGAUGGCUCAGAACCCACAGAUGACAGUGGCAGCGACAGCGUGGAGUACAACGACUCCAGCUCUUCCUACUCGUCCCUGGGUGAUUUUGUGAGCGAGAUGAUGAAGUGCGACAUCAAAGGAGACACACCUAAUGUUGACCCUCCCAGCCAUGCUGCCCUUGGUGAUCCCAGUGAAAUUGAGUUCCAGGGAUUUCAGAAAUAUCGGGAGGAUCUGGAUGACCAGGGGCCGGAUAGUGAGAAUUCCCUGGACAACAAUCCUCCCCGCUCCAGCUCCAGUACGACAGCCAGCAGCAGCCCCAGCACAGUCAUACAGGGCACCAACCAUCAGGAGUCCAUUGAUUCGACGGAGGCAGAGGAGAAAACACUGACUUUCCACAACCAUAUCUCAGCAGUGUCCAUCCAGGCCUUUGCCAAAGCUAGCCUGGAGCGGAGGGAGAAUGAUGGGAUGUCGGACGGGCCAGUCCGCCAGCGAGACUACGAGAACCCCUACUUUGAACCUCAGUAUGGUUUCCCCACAGAAGACGAGGAUGACGAGCAGGGGGAGAGCUACACGCCACACUUUGCUCAGAACAUGAAUGACAGCCGGCCCCACAAGCUGCUCCGUCCCAACAGUCUAAGGCUCCCGAGUGACUCUGAAGCAGACUCGGACUCACGGGCGAGUUCACCAAACUCCACUGUCUCCAAUAACAGCAGUGAGGGAUUUGGAGGAUUCAUGUCAUUCGCUAGUAAUAUCUACAAGAGCCGUGGCUCCAGCUUCAGCCUCUCAAACUUGGCUUUAUCAAGCAAGGCAGGGCGAGACAAGAGCACACCAUUCCCCAGCCUCAAAGUAUUUGGGCUAAAUACUAUAUUGGAGAUAAUAACGGAAGCUGGAGUGGGGAGUGAAGGUAACAGGAGGGCUCUGGUUGACCAGAAAUCCUCAGUGAUCAAACACAGUCCGACGGUGAAGAGGGAGUCUCCCUCACCACAGGCCAGAGUGAACAACAGCAGUGAGAACCAGCAGUUUCUGAAGGAGUUGGUGCACAAUGUGCUGGAUGGUCAGGGUGUUGGCUGGUUAAACCUGAAGAAAGUUCGGCGUCUGCUGGAGAAUGAGCAACUUCGAGUGUUUGUCCUGAGUAAACUGAACCGGACAAUCCAGUCAGAGGAGGACGCCCGGCUCGAUAUAAUCAAGGAUGUGGAAAUCAGUAAGAAGGUGUACCGUGGGAUGCUGGAUCUGCUGAAGUGCUGCGUGUCCAGCCUGGAACAUUCGUAUAGCAACGCAGGGCUAGGAGGGAUGGCCAGUGUCUUCACUCUGCUGGAAGUUGCACACACACACUACUACAAUAAAGAGCCUGACAAGAAGAAACGCAGUCCAACAGAGGAUGGCACUGUGCCAACUAGUAAGGAGCCCAUGCCCUCGAAAGGGGAGAUGAAACCCCCCAGUGCACCGAUGACCCACCUGCAACUCCCACCAAAAGCUCCCAUCAGCAAGGGGCUGGGCGAGUAUGACACCCGGAGUCUGAAUGAAGAGAAUUUUGUUGCUUCAGUCGAGUUGUGGAACAAGCACCAGGAUAUGAGAAAACAAAAAGCUUUGGAGAAACAGAGUACUGAGGCCCCCAGACAUGCGUCUGACUUGGACCCAGAUGAGAAGAAAUCGCAAGUCAGCGCCGAUAGCGGUUUGAGUGCGACCAGCUCGCAGAAGAGUGACAGUGAGUCUAUCACCAGCUCCGAGCCACCUGCACUCACCCGGAGUACCAGCCAGGAGUCAGAAAGCAGCACCGUGGUGAGUAACAGUUCUGGAGAGACCCUGGGUGCUGACAGUGAUUACAGCAGUGCUGCUGGAGAAAGUGUAACAAUCAAAAAUACCCUGGGGGCAGCGACAUCCAGAGGAACGCUCUCUGAUAGCGAGAUUGAGACUAACACUGAUACCAGACACAUCUUCGGGAAACCACACAUGCUGGCAGCUGGCUUCAAGGCUGCGAAAGGUGGCAGUGCCUAUGCCCAGGCUCCCAGCCCACCAGAGGACUCCAGUCAGAGAGUUUACCUCUUUGAGGGACUGUUGGGGAGAGACAAGAGCUCCAUGUGGGACCAGCUGGAGGACGCAGCCAUGGAAACCCUAUCUCUGAGCAAGGAACGCUCAAUACUGUGGGACCAGGUCCAGUUCUGGGAGGACACAUAUCUUGAUGCUGUGAUGUUAGAAAGAGAAGGAAUGGGCAUGGACCAGGGGCCCCAAGAAAUGAUUGACAGGUACGAGUCACUGGGGGACCAUGACCGAAAGCGGCUUGAAGAUGAUGAAGACCGAUUGCUGUCCACACUGCUCUACAAUAUGAUCGUCUACAUGCUGAUGGUCAAGGUCAACAAAAAUGACAUCAGGAAGAAGGUGAGGAGGUUGAUGGGUAAAUCACACAUCGGGCUGGUGCACAGUCAGGAAGUGAAUGAUCUGCUCGAUCGCCUUCCACAUCUGGAGAGCCGCGAUCUCCACAUUCGACCCUGUGGCAGCCGUCACAUCAAGAAGCAGACCUUUGUGGUGCAUGCAGGAACAGACACCAAUGGUGAAAUCUUCUUCAUGGAGGUGUGUGAUGACUGCAUUGUGCUACGCAGUAAUAUCGGCACUAUCUAUGAACGCUGGUGGUAUGAGAAGCUCAUUAACAUGACGUACUGUCCUAAGACCAAGGUCCUCUGUCUGUGGAGACGUAAUGGGCAGGAGACCCAGCUCAACAAGUUCUACACCAAGAAGUGUCGAGAGUUGUACUACUGUGUGAAGGACAGCAUGGAGCGUGCAGCUGCAAGGCAACAGAGCAUAAAACCAGGUCCCGAGCUCGGAGGUGAGUUCCCUGUUCAGGACAUGAGGACCGGAGACGGUGGCCUCCUGCAGGUGACCCUGGAAGGGAUCAAUCUAAAGUUUGUGCAAAGCCAGGUUUUCAUUGAACUGAAUCACAUUAAAAAGUGCAAUACAGUCAAAGGAGUCUUUGUCCUGGAAGAAUUUGUUCCACAAACUAACGAAGUGGUGACCCACAAGUACAAGACUCCAAUGGCUCAUGAAAUCUGUUACUCUGUGCUAUGUCUGUUCUCCUACAUGGCUGCAGUGCGAGGGAAGGAAAUGGAGAGCAAGAAUAAGGUGACUCCAGCGCGGUAAGACGUCAGCCCCUUUUCAUCCAUCUUCAUUCUCCUUUCCGAAAUAAACACUCCAUCUCAUGGCCCCACCCGCCAGCUGGCCGUCUCCGCCUGUCUCUGCAAUGCUGCAGCUCCAGUCAGCAGGCUCAUUACAAAUAAUAACUGCUCAGCUUGUGCUUGUUCUUAAACCAUCACAUUUGCUCGAGGCUUGUCUGAUUGACUGACCAUGUCAGGGGUCCUCACCUUCUGUCAACUGACUUAAGACUGCAACAUGAAAGUUACUCUGAAUGGAAGCUUCAUUGGCUCUACACUGGAUUCACUGCAAACCCAUUUACUGAGGGCUGUCCCUGCACUGGAUUCGCUGCCUCUGUUCGUUGAGGGCCAUCUUGCACUGGAUGAAUGUCAUUCACUGAGCAGGCACUACUUCACUGGAUAUUGGCCCAUUGAGGAUCGCUGAUCCACAGUUAUGCAUCAAGGAUCACUCUAGCACUGAAUUUGAUGAAUAUUCAUUCACUGAGGGACUCUCUCUCUGCUGGAUUCACUGAAUUUUACCCAUCAAGGACCAUUUCUUCAUUUGCUACGUUAUUUCCUCUCAAGGAUGACUUCUGCACUGGAUUCGCUGCAUGUUCUCAUGUCAGGGGCCACGUCUGCACUGGAUUCACUGUAUCUCUUCCCAUUCUUCCCAUCAAGAACCACUCCUGCACUGGAUUUGCUGUGUAUCCCCCUACCAAGGACCACUUGUACACUGGAUUCACAGCAUGUUCUCCCACUGAGAAUGGUGACAAUGUUAAUUUUCCCACAUGAGGUCACUUUGUUCUUGUUGUUCCACCCAUUCAAGUUGGAUUGACAAUAUGAAAUGAGGUCACUUCAACACUGGAUUCACUGCGAAUGAGCCCACUCAGGAUGCACCAUUUAAAUCACUAUCCAUUUACCUCAUUCAUGUUCACCAAGUCACUAUUUGCUACAGAGUUGACCUGGUGUGGAUUGGUCCUUCACUAGAAUCCCUUGGAAUUGACUGCUCAGUUACCUUCCACUGAAUUCACUGUAAACCAGCAGAUUCAGGAACUGUUUCCUAAAAGGGAUUUAGCCACUGAGGAGGAAUCUUCGACUGGAUUUGCCCACAGGAAGCAACCCUGCACUGGAGACACUUGCAGAGGUUCCUGAGAAGAGUGAGCCUCCUCUGAUGUACAGACCACAACCCCAAGUUGUUUUUGUUGUACCCAUUCUGUGUUCUUUAUAAAGAGUUGAGCUGUAGAGACUGUGCUUUCUUUCAUUCCAUCCUCUUUGCCCCAUCAGAGAGUUAAGCCAUUCUAAACUCAUUGCAACUCCAACAUGUGAUGGCCUGGCUUGCCCCCUGGACAGAGUCUACAGGACUCCAGGCCAUUGAAUUAGAGGGAGAGUUGAGGGCCAGCAACUGGCUGGUGGGAGCCACAGAAGACUUCUGACCUUCCAGCAAUGUCCUGGGACACAGGCUGCCACCCCUCAACACUCAUAACAUCCCAACUGCACCCAGCUGUGUGUCUCUUUCUCUCACCGGUAUAUCCAGACACUGCCACUUGGUUAUAAAGCACCCAGAGAGGAGUUCAGAAUUGACUCCACUUUGGACCACACCAUCCUCUCACCCACUGAGUGCUGCAGUAAUGGAUGGUGAGGAGGAGGGGUGCGUGGAAUACCAUCUUGCUGGUCUCCCUGUGAAAAGACCACCUACCAAACCUCAUCCUCUUGUUCAAAAACUGUUGCGUGUUCCUCACAACUGCAGUCCACUCAUUUCAGACACACCACCUUAGUUCAGUGGAAAAGCCCAGAGUGACAGUGCAGUCAUCCUCUCUCCACUCGCUCACCACAACACCACACCACACCCCACACCCCCCGCCCCCCUGCCAAUACCCUGGCAUACCCCAAAGUGAUUUCUCCACCCCAACCCACCCACCACUGUGACCCAGAGCAUUAAUACUGUCCAUCAUCUCAGCCUGAAGGCUCACUGUGUGCUCAGAUAAAUUCUUGAGAGUUGUAUCUGCCAGUUUCUUGCUGGUCGUGGGAUUGACAACUCACUUCCUCCAAACCCCUUUAGUGAGCGCCACUCUUCAGGCAUAAGCUGAGGGAAAGUGAAGUGGUCAGAGUGUAGUUGUAAGGACUGACUCCUGUCCAAAUGUCUGAUGAAGCGUGGGCCCUAUCAGCCUUUCAGUUAGCUGCUUGCUACUCUUCCUGCUCUGUGUUGUGUUGUGUUCAUCUGUCAGGUAUUCUUAUCUCAUUUAGCCUGAAGGGUGUUCUUUUUGUGGUUGAUGCUUGCUGAUGUAGAAUGCAUUAUUUUGGUGUAAAUAUUUCAGUAUUACAUAUAUUUAUAGCACUGUAUAGUACCUUGAAUGUUGCAAUAAACUCUUGUCCCUGUG